UUGACAAACGUUGAUCUCUGUAACCUCUCAAAUGCAAUGUUGGGGUUACAUCAAUUAAAGAACAAGCUCAACGUUAUUUUCCCACUCGAAUAGGAUUUGUAAAGUGUAAAUGCAAACACUAAUGAAAGUUUCAUAGAUCAAUAAUAUAUUUUCGGUCAUGAAGGGAGAAGUGAUGGCCAAUGCUAUGACUGAUGCAACUUCCGGAUCAGGUUCACCAUGUGGAGGAUGCAAGUUCUUGCGUAGGAAAUGUGUAGAAGGUUGUGUAUUUGCACCAUAUUUUUGCUACGAAGAAGGAUCUUCUAAUUUUGCAGCCAUUCACAAAGUGUUUGGAGCCAGUAACUUCUCUAAGCUCAUUUCUCAUCUCCCUGACCAUGACCGGUGUGACGCCGUGCGAACCAUCUCUUACGAGGCUCACUCUCGUCUCCAUGAUCCUAUUUACGGAUGCGUCUCCCAAAUCUUCUCCCUCCAGCAACAGGUUGUUAGUCUACAAGCACAAGUGGUCCUACUUAGAGAAGAAGUUUCUAGAAGUUUCCCUCAAGAGGAUCCUAGUUGCAAUCUGAAGCAACAAGAAAAGCUUCUUGCUCAACAAAUGCCACAAGAUCUUCACAAUUGGUUUUACCAAGAAUUCUUGGACUCAAACCUCAACCAAGUGAGUGGUGCUACACACGAACAUGAGCGAUCCAUGGAUCGGAAUGAGUCACUUUGUAGCUCAAAUGAAUCUCUUUACUACCGAGAGGCUAAUUUUCCUUGCUCUGGUUGA